ACGUUAGGUCCAGCGGGGAGAAGGUCAGGAUUGCUCCCGCGUGGGGCGUUGUCUGCGACGCGGCGGAAGCCCUAAAGUCCCGAGACCCGGUCAGACUUGACUGAGAAGUAUCCAGAAGCCAAGCCAUGGAUCCACCUGCACGUAAAGAAAAACCCAAAGUUAAGGAACCUGUCAGCAGAGUUGAGAAGGCUAAGCAGAAAUCAGCUCAGCAGGAGCUGAAGCAAAGGCAAAGAGCAGAGAUCUAUGCCCUGAACAGAGUCAUGACAGAACUGGAGCAGCAGCAGUUUGAUGAGUUCUGUAAACAGAUGCAGCCUACUGGAGAGUGAUCCCCCUGCUGUGUUCAAGCUAGAUGGGACCCUGAGGCUUUGUGAGCGUGUUACCAGUUCUAAGCUGAGACGGCCCAUUUGGAGCCUUACAGAACUAGACAAGAAGAAAUUUGUGGAUAAGUCUGAACUUAUGUUAGUAACUUCUACUUCACUGGUUCCUCCGAUCUGAAUUGGCCCCAUGUUUGCUGAGGAGACUUGUUUUCUUCUUCUAAAACAGUAGAUUCUUUUUUAAAAACCUUUUUCUAUUGUUGAGAAAAAUCAGUGUUUCUCAUGAAACUGUGUUAUCUUCUCCAAAAAUGCAAAUAAAAUGCUAAUAAAAUGUUCA